ACACAACAACAAGGCUACCCUGUCACAGGGUUUUCUUGGUAGAAUUUGUUCAGGAUGUGUGGGUGCACACCAUUGCCCUUCCCUGAGGCUGAGAGAGUGUGACUUGCACAAGGUCACCCACCCAGUAGCUUUCCAUCACUAAGCAGGGAUUCCAACCCUGGUCUCCAGAGUUGUAGUCCAGUGCUCAAACCACUGCAUUUAUGCUGACUGGUUAGCAUCCUAGUCUCUUGCAAAAUGUUCUUGUGCGCAGACUGUUCUGAAAGGUGUUUUGUAGGGGGAUAUUUUGCCCAGGUUGCCACUGCCAGGUGUGCUCAUAACUACAAAGGAGGACAAGCCACCACAAAAUAUAGGCUAUUAAAGAAAAAUGUAGAUGCUUCCAAAUAAAAACUAAAACACUAAUGUAAAAACGUAAAUUCAUGCUUCUUAUGCUCAGAGUGGAGGACCUUUGGGGAUUCCUCUUGGACAGAGGUCUGAAAUGUAGGACAGGUCCUGGGAAAGGAGAACAUUUGGUUACCUUGCCUCUGGAGUUCCUCCAUCGCAGAGUGAUAUUUUCCCUCACUGCAAAGGAGGACAAGGCACAGCAGAAUGUGAGACUUCCAAGAAAAAUGGAAGACAAGACCAACUAAAAGCUAAAAACAUUCGGAGGACAUUUUGAGAUUCCUUCAGGACAGAAGGCUGAAAUGUAGGACAGGUCCUGGAGGAAAAGGUGGACAUGUCUGGUCUCCCUAGCUGCUGCUGAACCCACCACUUCAUUUAUGUGCCAGAUGGUUUGCAAAGCACAGCUUGGGGCCGAAUGACCAGGCGUCCUCCUUUCCCCAGACAUGUCCUCCAUUUCACCCAUCUGUCCAGGAGGAGGAAUUCCAAAAAGGUCCUCCCUUUUGAGCAUAACCAAGAAGAAUGAAUGGACAUUCCUAUUAGUGGUUUUUUUAAAGCUGUUGUUUUGUCCUCCAUUUCUCUUGCAUGCCCUCCAUGUUGUGGUGCCUUGACCUCCAGCUUCAGGUAUCCCUGGGGCUCUUUUCUCCCUCUGGUACCAGGAUUUUCUCCCGCCCUCCUUUCCUCCUUGGCUCCUCCUGUUCAGCCUCUGAGCCUGGCUUGCAUUCCUUAUGCUGUCAUUUGCCGGUGGGUCCUUCCUGCAUUGAGAUCAAGGACAGACUUGCGUUGAAAACAGAGACACUGUAUGUGCAGAGAUUUCCUGCUUUGCUGGUUUCCUUUGAACCAUAGCAAGGUAAUUUCAGGCUCCAGUAUUUCACUUAGACUGAGAUAUAUGGACUUGUACAUGAUGAAUUGUGAACUCUUGGCAACGUGCAGCGCCCUUGGCUUCUUGGAGGGGGACACUUACCACAAAGAGCCGGAUUGCUUAGAGAGUGUGAAAGACCUGAUCCGCUACCUGCGUCACGAAGAUGAGACUCGGGAUAUCCGACAACAGCUGGGAGCAGCUCAGAUCUUACAGAAUGACUUGAUCCCAAUCAUUAUCCAGUACCCUCAAGAUAAACAGCUCUUUGAUGCUGUUAUCAGGUUAAUGGUAAAUUUAACUCAACCAGCUGUCCUCUGCUUUGGUAAGCUCCCUCAGGAUGUCAGCUUCCGUCAUCACUUUCUCCAAAUUGUCUCUUAUCUUCAGGCUUACAAAGAAGCAUUUGCCAGUGAGAAGGUAUUUGGGGUGCUGAGUGAGAAAUUGUACAACCUUCUGCAGCUGGACUGGGAACAGCGUCAGGAGGAGGAUAACUUGUUAAUCGAGCGCAUCCUGCUUCUAGUGCGCAAUGUGCUACAUGUCCCAGCUGAUCCUGAUGAGGAGAAGAACAUUGAUGAUGAUGCCAACACCCAUGACAGAGUGCUGUGGGCCAUUCACAUCAGUGGCAUGGACGACUUGCUUAAAUUCUUAGCCAGCUCCCAGAGUGAGCAGCAGUGGAGUCUACACGUGUUAGAGAUCAUCUCCCUUAUGUUCCGGGACCAGAAACCAGAGCAACUGGCAGCCACUGGGCAGGGUCGUUCAACCAAAGAGAGGGUCACGGACAUAGCUGAAUUGGAGGUCCUGAGGCAGAAGGAACAAGCAGAGAGGAAGAGCCGUGUUCUCCAUCGGAGCAGUAGGCACUCUCGGUUUGGUGGCUGCUACGUUAUUCAGGGCUUGAAAUCUAUUGGCGAUAGAGAUGUGGUGAUGCACAAAGGGCUACACAAUGUGAAGAACUAUAGCCACGAUUUGGGCAAGGAAGUUCAGAAGGUGCCAAAGAGACGGCAGCUUGCCCAUGACAGUGAGGCUGCCAGUCGCCGCUCGGCUCUUAAUGUGCGCCUGUUCCUUAAGGAGUUCUGUGUGGAGUUCUUGGAGAACUGCUACAAUCGCCUCAUGUAUCUGGUCAAGGAUCACCUUAUGAGAGAGAGAGCCCAGCAGCAUGAUGAGACAUACUACUUGUGGGCAAUGGCUUUUUUCAUGGCCUUCAACCGGGCCCACUCUUUCCAGCCACAACUGGUUUCUGAGACUGUUGGAGUCCGGACCUUCCACUUCAUUGAGCAGAAUCUGACCAACUACUAUGAAAUGCUGCUCGUGGAUAAGAAAGAGUCAACAUCUUGGUCUAGAAGGAUGCAUCUGGCUCUCAAAACCUACCAAGAGUUGCUGAUGACUGUGCAUGAAAUGGACCAUUCACAAGAAGAAGCUAUUCGCCACAGCAGCCACAUUUUAAAAAAUAACAUAUUCUACAUGAUGGAGUAUCGUGAACUAUUCCUUGCUCUCUUCCGUAAGUUUGAUGAAACAAAGCAGCCCCGGUCAUUCCUCAAAGAUUUGGUGGAAACGACUCACCUUUUUUUGAAGAUGCUUGAGAGAUUUUGCAAAGGGAGGAACAACUUAGUGGUCCAGAGCAAAAAGGUCAAGAGGAAAAAGAAGCGCCAGGUUCACCCUGCUGGCUCAGAUGCGCAGUCCCGAACUCCCGAAGAGUUGGAGGAGAUGUGGCCACAGCUGGUUCAUCAAAUGAGUGAAUGCAUAAAGAGUUCUGAGCCUCUUCCAGAAGAUGUUGUCCCUUUUGAUGUUGCAUCAGAAGUUCCGCUAGAGGAGCAGCAAACCGAGGCCAUGGUGCGGAUCCAAGAUAGCCUCCUGGCUCGCCAGGCCCCUAAAGCACUCUCCCUCUUACGUUCAGCACGGGAGGUGUGGCCAGAAGGGGAUAUUUUUGGAUUGCCCACCCUUGAUCCAGAUGAAGAGACUGAGCUGCUGAGACAAAUCUUCUUUGCCAACCUUCCUCGUCAAGUGGCACCAGAAGUAGAGGAACCUGAAGAGGCAGCUGAGGAAGAGGAGGUAGCCGAGGAGGAGUUGGCAUCUGUACAUGUGUCAGAAAAAGAAUUUAGCUUCCUGGAUUAUGUGAAACGGUUUGCUAGUGCUAAUGUAGUCAAGGCUUACAUCCUACUGUUGAAGAACUACCAGCAGAACACCACUCACACCAACCACUGUAUUGUAAAGAUGUUGCACCGCAUUGCCUGUGAUCUCAAGAUGGAAGCCCUGCUUUUCCAGCUGUCUGUUUUCUGCCUCUUCAAUCGCCUCCUGAGUGAUCCAGCUGCCAGCGCUUACAAGGAGCUGGUGACCUUUGCCAAAUAUGUUGUGGGCAAGUUUUUUGCAUUAGCAUCCACCAAUAAGAAGGCCUACAUGGAGUUGCUGUUCUGGAAAACCACGGCUGUGGUACGCGAGAUGACUGAAGGCUACACCUUGCUGCGGGAAGAUGGCAGCUCCAACUCUUGCAAGGUUACCCGGUGGACUGAGGAGGAGGAAGAGGAGCUGCGGGAACUCUACUACAAGUACAAAGAAGUGGAAGGUGAAGACAUCCUUAACAACAUUUUGGCUCACUUGAGCACUCAUAACCGGACACGUAAGCAGGUGGCUAAGCAGCUGGUGCACUUGGGGCUGGUGAACAGUGUGCGAGAUUUCCCUCGAGAGAGGAAGGGGACGCGUAUUGUGCUGUGGACAGAAGAUCAAGAACUGGAGCUUCAGCGGCUCUUUGAGGAGUUCCAGAGCACAGAUGAUAUCCUGGCCAAUGUGAUGAGGCACAUUACUGCAAAGCGUUCCAAGGCUCGCAUCAUUGAAAAGCUGCUCGGCAUGGGGCUGGUGUCUGACCGUAAAGAACUCUACAAGAAGCGCAAGCGGAAGCCUGGUUUUUGUGGCAUGAAUAAAAAUGCAUUUCCCAAGGAUUUUGGAGUACCUGACUUGGAUGAGGAUGAGGAUGAAGAGGAGGAGGAGGAAGAAGAGGAAGAGGAAGAAGAUGAUAAUUUGGACAGUGAGGAAGAGGAGGAGCCAGCCCAGAAAGGUGGCAGCAAUGAUGUGGGCAACAGGUCCCAGGAUAGACAGACUAACAAGAAAUGCAGGUCUACAUCAGAUAGAGGCAUCAAGGCACUUGUACAGAGCCUGAAGCAGGAAGGUUUGUCUGGCCCCCUCUUAUGGCUCCAGAGUAGUCUGAACCGAACAGCUGCUGACCGAGAAGAGGAUGGUGAGUGCAGUGGAAUCUGGGCCUGGUAUUCCCAGUCCUUAGGAAGAAGAAUUAUGCUUCAUGGCUGUCCUCUUAGAUUGGUUGGUGUCCUGUUAAAGGACACUGGAAAAGAACUUCAUUCUGAGUCUUUCUGGCGCAUUUCAGCCAAACUCAGCCCAGAGCAACUGCGACAACUUGCUACUUCCAUUGUCCUGCAAGAAGUGGAGGGAGAGACCAAAGAACAGCCAGCAGUUUCAGAGGAAGAUCAUCCUGAUACAGAGGAGCCAAAGUACCUGACAGCAGAAAGGUGCGAACCUACCCAGCACCCUCUGGGACCCAAACGGAGCCGCUUGAUAAGUGACAGUGAAGAGGAGGAGAAAGAGGAACCCCACAGCCCAGGUUCCAGAGAGGAAAAUAAAUUCUGUCCUGCAGGCAAGAGGAAGCGGCUGCGAAUUGAGGAAGAGGAUGAGGAAGACUGAUGGCUUGGAACAUCCCUCUCUUCCUGGACCAGGAAGGCCAGUUACCCCUAGGUCCAGCAACUAGUGCUGCAACCAUUGUCCUCCAGCAGUGGAAAGUUGGAUAGUCCAGACUAAAAAUGAUCAAAAUGGCUAAUGAUUUUGUUUGGGGGCAGAGGAUUACAAAGAUGGGCUGCUUAAAUGAAAAAAAAAACAUGGGAUCAGCUAAGAUGGAGAGCAGAGACAUGGGGCUUAUUCUCAUACUGCUCUCCUAUGUUACAAUAGAUUGACAUGGAGAAAGAAGACUAUUUUUAAACUGUAUCAUGUUGAUAAAUAAGCAUUUGCACCCUGUGAUGCUUUCUCUCCAAAAUGACAUUGUUAAAUUUGUCUGUCAUGAGUGGAUGAGAGCCAUUCUUACCGACAGGAGAGCCAGGCAUUCAGGCUCUUCGUGGACUGGGCUUGAGGAUCUGUGCCACUCCACCUCUUCCCUGGAAUCUGGUUGAGAUUUCAUGGCCUCAUUCCCUUUGCUUAGUCACAUGUUGCCUUAAAAUACUUGGAGACGUAUUUGUUUUGGUCGCUGCUAUUCCUGUUGUGCCUUGGAGUUGCAGCAGCAGUGGGACAUUCCCCAUUCCAUUUCAUGUCAGGCCUUAAGAAAAAAGUGGCAACAGGUCUGCAAAGGGGGUGGGUGGGUGGGGAAGGACGCAAAAAGCUACAGCUACAUAAUGAAGAGGGGCAUCUGUACCAUCUUUCGCACCCAAACAGCCUCUCCCCAUGUGGUUGCCAGUUACUUCAGCUGUGUCUGUCUUGCAGCCUUUAUCACGUUAUUGACCUCUUUGUUCUGGCUAUUCCAGAGGGAAGCAACAGCAGAGACCUUCACAUGGGUUGUUUCCUGCUAUCCCCAUGUUGGCAAAAGUCAGGUGUCUGCAUGUAUGUUCUACUUUUGAUAUAUUUUUUAAAAAAACACCAAACUUUAUUUGAUAGAUUCUCAAGAAAUAAAAUGUCUUGAUGGUU